AUGUCUGAAACUCCGUAUGAGGCUGUGAGCGAUGUCUCGGAGCUGGACCCUGAGGCACUUAUUUUGGCUCCAGUGCAGCAGCGCAUUGAAGCGCAGCUGCGGAAACACCUCCAGGAAAUUACACAGCAGCUUUACGAAGUGAAGAACGAGUUGGGUUCAGUUCAAAAAGAGAGAGAGCAAUGUGGUGUCGAACUUUACAACUCGCAACAACAUCUCGCCAAGCUGCAGGAGACCCUGGAGAAGUAUCAUGAGAAGCACACAUCGACUCAGCAACGGCAUGAAGAAAAGCUGCAAGAACGUGAAGAACUUGCAUCACAAGCAAACAACUUACGUAAGGAAAUUGAUGACUAUCAGCGACAGUACGAGCGUCAGCAAGGUGACCUUGUAAAAUUAACUGAGACUCUAGUAAAGGUGCAAGAAUUCAAUGAACAGCUUAGAAAUGAGGUUCAAGUUGAACGGCGUGCCGCCUACAAAACGGAAGAAGAUAUUACGAAUUUAGAGAAGGAAAAACUCAAACAAGACAACCUCAUUGAUGCUCUUGAAAAACGAGUAGUCUUGCUAGAAGAGGAGUUGUCCACAACAAACACCCAAAUUGACAAUCAGAAAACCGAGACUCAGAAAGCGCGGGAGAUAUUGGCUGAAGCGAUGGCGGAAAUGGAAGCAAUCAAUUUUGAGAAGAAACAGUUAGUGCAACAGUGGAAAAGUACUCUUAUCGGAAUGCAGCGUCGUCAUGAAGCUAUGAAAAAAACCGAAGAGGCCCUCCAGCAACAAAAGGACGAUCUCCAAGCCUUGGAACAUGAGAUAACCGGAUGUCGAAAAGAUAUUCAGGGUGUCGAAGCCGAAACCUCCAAGUUGAGAGAGUUUAUGUCUCGUGUGGAUAACGAAGUUGCUGUACUUGAAAAGCAAAUUGAAGCUCUGGUGGAAAGGAAGGAGAAGAGUGCGCAAGCUUAUUCUAUGCUAAAGAACAAUCUGGAACAAGCUGACAUAGAGAGUAAAAAGUUGGAAUACGAAGCGCGUACGUAUGCAUCUGAGACUACAGAGAUUGAUAGGAAGAUUCAAAAAUGUGCCAAGGAUAUCAUUUCCAUGGAAAAUGACAUAAUGGAGUCACUUAGUAAGCAAACUACACUCAAACAAGAGAGUCAUGGUACGCUGCAUGAAAUCGAGAAGAUUAAGGAAUCAAUAAGAGCCAAGGAACUACAAGUGACGCAAAUGGAGAAUGAGUUGGCUCGCAUUCGAGUUGAUACUCUGCAAGCCCAAUCUCACAACGAGACAUUGAAGACUACUUUAAGUGAGGUGGAAAAAGAGAUUCAGUCACGAGGUGUAAUGAUUGAACGCAUGCAAAUGGACAUUCGUCGCCGGCACGAUGAAAUUGACAGAAAACAAAAACAAUUGGAUCAACUUAACCACCAGUAUGAGGAGUUGGUUUCCAUUCACGGUGUCGAGAAGGGCGAGCAUGUCGGUCCGUUGGAAGCUACCAUCAAUAGCCUAUCAAAAGCUAUUGCAGAAAAGGUGGGUGAAAACGAAGCACUUCAACAGGAAUGGAUUAAACUCCAAACGGAGUUAGUCAACUGCAAGAACAGUGCAAAUGAGGUCAACGAAGCUAUACUUGAACUACAGGCCCAGGCAACAGUGCUUACUCAAAAAAGAGACCGCCUUUUGGGAAAUAUUGCAAAUGAGAAGAAGGAUAUUGUCAGUUUAGAAAACAAGGCAAAUGCCAUGCACCUUGAAAUGAAGAGGGUAAACACUCAAUUGAGUAAAAAUUCCGAGGAUCAAAGAGUUAUUACCAACGAGGCAUUUCUUCUUGAAAAUGAUCUUAUUCGCCGACUCCAAGAAAAGAAGCGUGAGGCAAUUGAUCUCGAAAACAAGGUGGAAGAAGUAAGACAGUCUAAAACGGACCUGCUUGAACAAAUCAUGAAUUGCGAACGCGACAUUCUGUUUUGGGAACGAAAAAUACAAGUCGCAAAGGAAACUGAGAUGGCGCUUGACCCAAGUGUUGGCAAAGCAGAAGUCGAAAAGAUGAAAAAAGAAAUUGGUAUCAUGGAGAAACGCAUGAAUGAACUUCAGCGCGAACAGAGGUUUUUGAUUGAGGAGAUGCAGAAGUCGAUUGAUCAUCGAGAGAUCAUUCGAACUAAAGGUCAAGCUAUUCAAGAAGCAACAAAGAAGAAUAAGCGGGGUGCAACCAGAAUGGACAUGGACAAGGAAAGUGCAAGGAUGUUUAAGGAGUUGAAUGAAAAGAGACAAGAGGCCCAGUUGAAAGAACGGCUUAUCAAGGACACUUUGGCUGCUAUUGAAAAGGUAACUACUGAAGCUGAAACCACCCAGCGUGAAACUGAAAACCUUGAUGAACAGAUUGCAGAACUUGAAUCACAGUUGAUGGUAGCGCAGAAAGAGCGUGACCAUUUGGAGGACGAGAAGAGAGUGAAAAAUAUGACUCUUCAGCGUCUUCGUGAUGCUGAAAAGGGUACCUACACGUCGUCAGCUAGCCCAGAAGAGGUGACAGAAGGCGUUGCUCGGCUCGAUGAGAAAAAACAGGCGCUGAUGGAGAUUGUAGAAGAUUUGACCAAUCGCUAUCCUGAUUUGGCAGAAGAUUUAGCCGGCAUUGCCCUAACUCUAUAG